CCCUCCUUCUCGUUUGCCAUUCACCCUCGACCAGCUCCCCCAACAUCGCCAGUAUCACUCACAACCACAACUAACCAACCACCGCCGCUACUUCCUCUUCUCUCAUCCCCUCUUCCUCCAUCCAUCUUCUCCCAUCCCUCUUCCUCCAUCCCUCUUCCUCCACCCCUCUUCCACCCUUCUUUGUCCACAUCACCGCCUGCAGUCCGCACAACCCCGCUUGCCUGCUCCACAUCUCUUCGCCAUCUGAUCACUCACCGCUGUCAAGUCCCCAGUAAGUCUUCUUUUCUUUUUCCCCGUCACACGCCUACAAGAUACUUCUUCCUCCUUCCUCGUCCUAUUCUUCAUCCUCCCCGUCAACGGCAACGUCGACUACCACCGUCUCACCUCCUUCCUCCACCUUCCUCCAGCACCACCACCACCAUCACU